UUCCAAUAAUUGGGUAUUGAUGGUAACGCCGAAAAUACACGCACCCUCAGCCUUAGGAGUUAGGAGUCAGCCAGCCGCCGCCAUCUUUACUUGCGUGCACCAAUGUAACUUCACACCGCCUUUUUCCUUUAUUUAUUUCCCUUGCCCAUUUCUCUCCCUCUCUCUCAAAAUGUCUGAAUCUAACGUACCCCUUUUGGAAUCAAAGCCUCAACUAAUCGAGGAAGAUGAUGCUAAUGGAUCGUCCCUCUCCACAAGAAUCUGGGUGGAGUCCAAGCAGCUCUGGCACAUCGUUGGUCCUGCAAUCUUCAGCCGUGUCGCCUCCUACUCCAUGUUGGUCAUUACCCAAGCCUUCGCUGGCCAUUUAGGUGAUCUUGAACUCGCCGCAAUGUCCAUCGCCAAUAAUGUCAUCGUCGGCUUCGACUUUGGUCUCUUGUUGGGUAUGGCCAGUGCUUUAGAGACGCUGUGUGGGCAAGCCUAUGGAGCAAAGAAAUUCCACAUGUUGGGGAUAUACAUGCAGCGGUCAUGGAUUGUUCUGUUCAUUUGCUGUAUUUUGACUCUCCCCAUCUAUUUGUUUUCAACACCAUUUUUAAAGCUUCUGGGGCAGCCAUCGGAUUUGGCAGAGAUGGCAGGGAAAGUGGCGGUGAUGUUUUUGCCAUUGCACUUUAGCUUUGCGAUUCAGUUUCCAUUACAGAGGUUCCUGCAGAGUCAGUUAAAGACGGCGGUGAUAGCUUAUGUUUCGUUAGUGGCGUUGGUGGUUCAUAUUUUGGUGAGCUGGUUGUUUGUGUAUGGGCUUGAACUUGGGUUGGUUGGAACAGCCAUUACGACUAAUAUAUCGUGGUGGGUUUUGGUGUUGGGGCUUUCGUUUUACACCAUAUGUGGUGGGUGUCCUCGCACAUGGAGUGGUUUCUCGGUUGAGGCUUUUUCUGGGCUUUGGGAGUUUGCCAAAUUGUCUACUGCUUCUGGAGUCAUGAUAUGUUUGGAGAAUUGGUAUUACAGAAUAUUAAUAGUGAUGACUGGGAAUCUAGCCAAUGCUAAACUUGCGGUGGACGCUUUGUCCGUAUGUAUGACCAUCAACGGCUGGGAAAUGAUGAUUCCAUUGGCGUUUUUCGUCGGAUCCGGCGUGAGAGUAGCAAAUGAACUAGGAGCUGGAAAUGGGAAAGGAGCAAAAUUUGCGACAAUGGUGGCGGUGGGGACAUCAAUCGUUAUUGGGAUAUUUUUCUGGAUGAUUAUUAUAACAUUUGACAGUCAGAUCGCUUUGAUAUUUACUUCUAGUGAAGUAAUUCUAAAAGAAGUCAAGACGUUGACUAUGCUCCUCGCAUUCACUAUCUUACUUAACAGUGUUCAACUUGUUCUUUCAGGGGUGGCAGUUGGUUCUGGGUGGCAAUCAUAUGUUGCGUACGUGAAUUUAGGAUGUUAUUACCUAAUUGGACUGCCUCUUGGGUCUCUCAUGGGUUGGGGCUUUAACCUUGGAGUGAAGGGCAUAUGGGCUGGAAUGAUAUUUGGUGGAACAGCCAUUCAAACAUUGAUAUUAUGCCUCAUGACUAUUCGAUGUGAUUGGAAUAAAGAGGCAGAGAGAGCAAGUUUGUACAUUAAAAAGUGGGAAGAAGAAACUCCAGAGCAUUGACAUAUAUCUUUCUUCUAAUACUCUCCUUUUGUUGCUCUAAUUAAGUACAAAUUAAAGCAAUCCUACAUUUCUCUAUCUAAUGCUUCCCAAAUUAAUGAACUUUUGGUAGAGUAUC